CUGACCUAAAAUACUGUAGGCUCAGUAUCGAAAUUUUGCAGCUACUGGUCAAGUAUCGAUAUUUACUGCAAAUCAUAAAUAUCGGUGAGUAUCGAUACUUGGUAUCGAAGUAUCGCCCAUCACUACGUUUUACUAUUUUUAUGAUUUUAAAAGACUGAAGAAGAAAAUGUUUAUGAUUUUGCCGGAUUUUUGAAGAGAAAUAAUCAGAUUUACACAAUUAUGUCUCGUCUUAUUGUAAAGAACCUUCCAAAGAAUAUAACUGAGGAGCGAGUGAGGUCGAUAUUUGAGGAGAUGGGCCAGAUUACGGACCUAAAGUUGAAGUUUACAAAGAAUGGUGUGUUCCGAAGGUUUGCCUUCAUCGGUUUUAAAACGCAUACAGAAGCACAGAGAGCUUUAAAACACUUCAAUAAUACUUUCAUCGAUAUUUCGAAGAUACAGGUUGAUGUUUGUAAGGAUUUAGGCGACGAAUCUGUGCCGAGACCAUGGAGUAAGUACUCGGAGAAGAGUUCAGCUUUUCAGAAGAAAUUGGAAAGAACCGAGAAGAGAAAGAAGGAAUUGGAUGGGAAAGAGAAUGGCGGAAAAUCGGAAGAGGUUGUUGAGAUUAAAAAGAAGAAAAAGGGAAGUGCUUUGUUGUCAGAUGAGCUGGAGAAUGAUAGCAGUUUUCAAGAGUUUUUAGAAGUGCAUAAAAGUCGAAGUUUGAAGAAACUUUGGAGUAAUGAUGAGUUGGUUGAACACGUGGGGAAUAAAGAGAAACAAGUUGAAACAAAGGAAAAAUUGCAAUUUGAGGAUUCCAGUGACGACAACAAUGAUGAUGAGUCAAACAAUAAUGGUAAUGAAGAUGAGCCGUUGGAAGUGGACAUUGAUGAGCUGCAAACUGGUUCAAAAGAAGCAACAAAUGUUGCUUUGUCUGACAUGGACUAUCUUAAGAAGAAAGUUCAUCUGGAAAAGAAGGUAAUUGAAGGUGGUCAGAAAUAUGAAGUGAAAGACAAGAAGAGAAAGAAGGUGAAAGAUGAUGACAUGGAAAAAAGUGAAAAGAAAGCACAAAAACACGAGACAAAAACAACAGUGAAUCAAAACGAAACUAAUGAUGAUAAGUCCAUGGAUUUUGAAAGAAAAUCUGAAUUUACCAUCAAGCUGCGAGGACUUCCAUUUCACGCCAAGAAAACGGACAUAGAGGAGUUUUUAUCCCCGCUUAAAACCGUCGACAUUCGUUUGCCAAAAGACAGCAAGAAUAGGCCAAGUGGACGUGCGUAUGUUGACCUGGAGAGCAAGGAAGCUUUGAAGAAAGCACUCAAGAGGCAUAAAGAUUAUAUCAAGGGAAGAUACAUUGAAGUGUUUGAGGAUAAAAGAAGAGAAAUGAAGAAAAAUGAGACAGAGAAUGAACCACCCUGGAUAGAAAACGCCAAAGAAUUGGCCGAGAACAAAGAUUUGUCUAUUGCUGAGACUGGACGAUUGUACCUUCGAAAUCUAUCUUACGCAUGCACAGAAGAGGAAUUGUUAGAACUGUUUUCAAAAUACGGGCCGACGACUGAGGUGUUUGUUCCUAUCGAUAAAAACAGCAACCAAUCCAUGGGUUUUGCCUUCGUAACCUUCAUGAUGCCCGAACACGCCGUUGAAGCAUUUAACGAGUUGGAUGGACACGUAUUUCAAGGAAGAUUACUCCACAUCUUGCCUGCAAAACCAAAACGAGGUGUAGAAGGCAAAGACGGCGUUGAAAAAGAUGGCAUUGAAACGUCAUCCUUCAAGAAGAGAAAGACAGAAAAGGUGGCGUCGCUCAAAGCUAAAGACCACAACUGGAAUGCGCUGUUUCUUGGCGUCAACGCGGUCGCUGAGAUAAUGGCGGACAGGUACAAGUCAAACAAAAGCGAUGUCCUUGACGUUCAGUCAAAAGGAGGCUUAGCUCUGCGAAUGGCGCUUGGUGAAACUCAAGUCGUUGCCGAAACGAGGGAAUUUCUCAUGAGUCACGGAGUGAAAUUAGAUGCAUUUGGACAGCCUGAUGCAAAGCGAAGCAAGACGGUGAUCAUCGUUAAAAACCUUCAACAUGACACCAAAUUACAAGAUCUUGAAAACUUGUUCAAACCAUUCGGUCAUUUGAGCAAGCUCGUUCUGCCGCCGUCAGGAGUCACCGCUUUAGUGGCAUUUGAAAAAUUGAGCAGCGCCGCAAAAGCUUUCGAAAAACUUGCUUACACCAAGUUCAAUAAUGUGCCACUUUACCUGGAAUGGGCCCCAGCGGAUGUCUUUGAUGUGGAACAGCCAAGCGAAGCCACGGAUGAAAAAGUGAACGAAAGCGAUAACGAAAAAGGCUCAGAUUCUGAUAAAGAAGCAGAUGGACAUGUUAUAUUUGUUAAAAAUCUGAACUUUGAUACAAAGGAAGACUCGUUAAAAGAGCUUUUCAGUGGAGCUGGAAAAGUUUCUAAUGUUACCAUUGCCAAGAAGAAAGACUCAAGGAAUAAAGGUGCAAUUUUGUCAAUGGGAUAUGGUUUUGUCGAGUAUAAAACUAAAAAAUCAGCCAUGAAUGCGAUCAAAACCCUACAGAAUUACGAGUUAGAUGGACACAACUUGGAAUUAAAAAUGUCCAACAAGAAACAAACGAAAGAAAUUGCAAAAAGAAAAACGUCAUCUGUCGCAAAACAGAAAUCAUCCAAGAUUUUGGUUCGUAAUGUUCCGUUCGAAGCCACUCAAAAGGAACUUCGAGAACUGUUCGGGACGUUUGGUGAGCUAAAAACAGUUCGUUUGCCGAAGAAGUUGUCUGGAACUGGGCCACACCGAGGAUUUGCGUUCAUUGAUUUCCUCACGAAACAGGACGCUAAGAGAGCCUUCAAAUCAUUGUGUACAAGUACUCAUUUGUAUGGUCGUCGCCUGGUACUGGAAUGGGCUGAUGACUCGGAGAGUAUUGAUGAACUGAGGAAGAAGACUGCAGAUUAUUUUCAUGAACCAAAAAAGAAAGUGAAAGUAAAAGACCUCGCUGAAGAACUGGAUGGACAGUAAAGAUUGCGAACGAAACUUCACCCAAGUCAGAACUCAUUCACCUUAUGCAAGACGAUUUUCUCGUUCUCGGCCAAACUUGCCACAGCGUUGACAACUUUCUGAACACAUAUUUCUGGAGUAAGCUCUGUUAUUUGCCAUCUAAGAAAACAAUUAUAUGUGUAAAAAGUUGUUUAAGAUAUCGAUCACUAUACUUUGCUACAGUAAUUUGGAAUUCCGAUCAGAAAAAUUGUUGCAAAUUAAGUAAUUCUAGAAUAUCGUAAAUUAUAUUCCCGGAAAUUUGCCUUUCUUUGACUUGACUCUUGCUAACUAAUAGCACAUGACAACUUUGACAAUUCUAGUUCAAAAGUGCUUAGUCCUAAGCGAGUU